GUUUAUGAAGGACGAGCCCAUCAUGACGGUACACAGCCAAAUGCUCUUGCCUGUCUACAUCUUUACCUUCCUAAUCGGGCUGCCUGCCAACAUCCUUGCGUUCUGCACCUUCUGCCGCAAGAUUCACCACAAACCUGCACCCAUUGACAUCCUUCUGCUCAACCUCACCAUCUCUGACCUCGUCUUUCUUGCCUUCUUACCCUUCAAGAUGAAGGAGGCUUACGACGGCAUGAUUUGGCUGAUGUUUGAAUUCCUUUGUCCCCUUAGCAGCUUCAUAUUCUACUCUACUAUCUACACCAGCACUUUCUUUCUGACGGGAAUCGGCUUUGAGCGAUAUCUCGGCGUUGCUUUCCCGAUCCGGUACGCGAUGUACCGGCGACCUCGCUAUGCGGUGAUUGCUAGCGUCUUCUUCUGGCUGGUGGGUACAGGCAACCUGAGCAUUGUGUAUAUUUUGCCACUGUUGCCUUUGAGCGGUGAAAGUGACAAUGACCAUAGUCAGAACAACAGUUCGACAGACCCUGCACUGAUGCAGUGCUAUGACAACUUCACCAAGGAGCAGCUGGAGAUUCUGCUUCCAGUCCGCCUGGAGCUCUUCCUGGUGCUCUUCUGUGUCCCCUUCCUCAUCUGCUGCUUCUGCUACAUCAACUUCAUACGGAUCCUGUCCCGCUUGCCCCACAUUGGCCGGCGUCGGAAGCUAAGGGCCAUCGGACUGGCACUGGUAACUCUGAUAGUGUUCGCAGUGUGUUUUGGGCCCUAUAAUGCCUCACACGUGGUAGGGUACAUCCACGGAGGGAGCGAGGAAUGGCGCCCAUGGGCUUUAGCAUUCAGCACCCUCAACGCCUGCCUGGACCCUAUGAUCUUCUACUUCUCAUCGUCAGCUGUAAGAAAGGCACUCAGCUGCUUUACGAAGGGACUCGGGGAGAAAGUUCACGUCUUGAAAUGUAAACAGUCACAGUGCUGUCCUCUGCUCAUCCCCAAGACUGAGAAAUACAGAGAAAGACCUCCACCUGAUGAACUGAGAGGUCCUUAGCUUUGUGUCUGCUAAUAUAAAAAUAUGUCUAGCUAUGCAUCUGCCUACACAAAUGUCUAAUGCACUUCAAGCCCUAAUGAAAAGUCCAGCUCAAGUCUAGCUUUGGCUGGUAAUUUGGCUGAUAGUUGGUUUCAGAUGUUUUCUGUGGUAUUUGAUUGUCAAUGUGGUUGAAAAGCUGGUCAUCCAGGUAAAAACUUAUAUUCCUAAUAUAAUAAGCUAGCUGGUUGAUUCGCUAUUUAUCAGCGCAGUGUUUGUUUCAUUUGAUUUUGGCCAUGCUAAUCAAUCAGGUCAGGCUGGUCAGGCUGGUUGAACAACAUGUUUGUCAGAUUGAUCAUUAUUGUGGUCCAGCUACACCAUCAAACUCAAACAAAAACAUACUAUUUUCUGGU